CAAGCUUUAGACGACUAGGUGUGGCUACAAAGCUUCUUAUCUUCAUGGUGCAUGGAGAUUUGUUUCUUCUUCUAGGGUGUGUGGGCGAGGCCUAAUACUACACUUUCAAUGUAACCUGUGCUAGAAGUUCUGUGGUUUAGAGCUGUGAGAGUGCCAAGGAAAUCUCUGCUGACAACAGAAGGUCUUGUUUCCUCAUUCACAUUUUCUUAAGCUGAUUUUAUCCUGAAUAAUUGAUCAUCCAGAGAUUGAACAGCACAGAACGAUAACCAAAUUCCUCCAUAUACACCUCCGUCACCAGACAACUCGUGAUCUCAUCAUGGUGGCAAAGUUGUAACUAUGGAGUCAUAGGUUCAAAUCCAACCAUUUUGUAUAUUGGUGAAGAAUUCAAUUGAUCAAGUUGGUUUCUAAUUUAAAAUCCAAGAACAUUCUGCACCUCAUCCAUGGAUUCAAGCUUUUAUCGCUGUAAACGCGCUGUGCUGAAUGAUUUCUCCUCAUGUUCUUCUGAAAGAACUCCUCUGCUUUCACACAAGAGAAAGGGUCCAAUAUACAGCCUGAAAAAACAACGAGUGGUGUUUGCUAAUAACACAAAAUGGGAAAGAGACUGCAAAAAAGUUGCCCGGUUUUAUGAUGGAAACAAAAUUCAAACUACCAAAUAUUCAAUUUUAACAUUUUUGCCAAAGAACCUUUUUGAACAAUUUUACAGGUCUGCAAACCUCUACUUUCUUUUCCUUGCUAUCUUGAACUGGAUGCCUCAAAUUGAAGUGUUUCAUAAGGAGAUCACUAUGGUGCCACUUGUCAUAGUAAUGCUGGUCAUUGCAUUUAAGGAUGGUGUGGAAGAUUAUAAGAGAUACCUCAAUGAUAGGAAGAUCAAUUUGAGGAAAACCUAUGUAUAUAACAAGAAAGAGAAGACCUAUGUGGACAAGUGCUGGAAGGAUGUCCGUGUUGGAGAUUUUGUGAAGCUCUUCAGUAAUGAGAUAAUUCCAGCAGACAUACUACUUCUUUAUUCAUCUGACCAAAAUGGGAUAUGUCACAUAGAAACUGCUAAUUUGGAUGGAGAAACAAAUUUAAAGCAAAGACGAGUGGUCAAAGGUUUUACAAACCCUGAAUGUCCAUUUGAUCCGGAGUCCUUUAAAUAUACCAUUGUAUGUGAGAAACCAAAUAACAAUCUCAGCAAAUUCAAAGGUUACAUGGAUCAGAAUGGGCAACAUACAGGAUUCGGCACAGAAAGUCUACUUCUUCGAGGAUGUACUGUCCGAAAUACAGAGGAAGUUAUUGGUGUUGUGGUCUAUGCAGGGCAUGAGACCAAGGCAAUGCUGAACAACAGUGGUCCACGUUACAAGCGCAGCAAACUGGAAAGACAAAUGAACAUCAAUGUAUUCUUCUGUGUUGGCAUCCUCGUUGUCAUGUGCCUCAUUGGAGCUAUAGGACAUGGCCUUUGGUAUCGCAAGUUUGUAAUUCAUCCUUUAUUUGAUGUUCCAAAUGCUGAUGGAAGUUAUACUGUGCCAGCUCUUGCUGGUUUUUACAUGUUCCUUACUAUGAUUAUCUUGCUACAGAUUUUGAUUCCAAUAUCUUUAUAUGUAUCGAUUGAGCUUGUGAAACUCGGUCAGAUCUACUUUAUACAUCAUGACAUUGAUUUGUAUGAUGAAGAAAUUGACUUAUCCAUGCAGUGUCGUGCAUUAAACAUCACAGAGGAUCUUGGACAAAUCCAGUAUAUCUUCUCAGAUAAAACUGGUACUCUGACAGAAAAUAAAAUGGUCUUCCGCAGAUGCACAAUAGUAGGAAAUGAAUUCUCCCAUCAGGAAAAUGCAAAACGUCUGGAAACUUACAAAGAAGAAGAUUCAGAUGAUGAAGAUUUGACCAAGCUCAGAAACUUAACCCUAAAUACCGGAGCUGAGGAACACAAUUCCACCAUGAGACAUAAAGGCACCAGAGCUCUGAGACGCUGCCAGAGUGCUCGACCAAAUAUCCAAGGGCACUUUAGAAAGAAAUCGGAAGGACGUUUUGACAUUUCUCAAGUGGCUUUCAGCAGUCCUAUUGAAAAAGAUGUGACCCCAGAUCAGACGCUGUUGAAGAAGGUCAGAGAAGCAUCCGUCUACAUGGAAACUCUGUCUCCAUUUAAGCCCCAAAGCAGCUCCAGACCUUCAAGUUCUCCAUAUAUUGAUUUCUUCCUAGCUUUGGCCAUCUGCAAUACAGUAGUGGUCUCAACAGCAACUGAGCCAAGGCAAAGGGUUACCAUGACUCCAUUGCUGAAACCAUCCGCACCAUCUUUGGAGAAAUUUCAGCACUUGUUCCAGAAGCUAAAAAUGAUGCGUCUCAGCCAGUCAUCCUCUACUACUCCCUCCAGCUCUGACCCUGCAACUCCAUCCAGUUCUAAGAAAAACAAAGUCAGUCCAGAUAGUGCUUCUGGUUCAAGUUCAGGUGAUACAGAAAAUCAAAGUAAUGGGAGAGACGAUUCUUCAGCAGGCAGGACCAGCACUGACAACUGUAUCGAUGAAAUGUAUGCCACUGUUGGUACUUUUAAUUUAGAAGAUGAGUUUUUAUAUGAAGCUGAGAGUCCUGAUGAAGCUGCGCUGGUACAUGCUGCAAGAGCCUAUAGUUUCACCUUAAUGUCCCGCACCCCUGAACAGGUGACAAUACGGCUUCCACAAGGGACCCUGCUCACUUUUGACCUUCUCUAUACCCUGGGCUUUGACUCUGUAAGAAAAAGAAUGUCUGUGGUGGUCCGUCACCCCAUAACUAGAGAGAUAAUUGUGUACACCAAAGGAGCUGACUCUGCGAUCAUGGAUCUAUUAGAUGACCCAGCCAAAGCUAAUAUAAGCGAGGGAAAAAAUUUACGGAGGAUCCAGUCAAGAACCCAGCGGCACCUCGAUUGGUAUGCAAGAGAUGGUCUGAGAACCCUGUGUAUAGCUAAAAAGGUCUUGAGCGAGGAAGACUUUGAACGUUGGUCAAAUUUUCGUGAAGAAGCCGAAGCAGCAAUUGACAACAGAGAGGAACUGCUUAUGGAAACUGCAGAGCAUCUGGAAACUAAUCUCACUCUUCUUGGUGCAACAGGUAUAGAAGACCGUCUUCAGGAGGGAGUUCCAGACACCAUUGCUGCCUUGAGAGAAGCUGGCAUAAACAUUUGGGUGCUGACUGGUGACAAACAAGAGACUGCCGUUAAUAUUGCCUACUCUUGCCAACUUAUGGAUCAGAGUGACAUGGUUUUUACAAUCAAUACUGAGAGUAAGGAAACCUGUGAGUCUAUCUUGGACUGCACUCUUGAAGAGGUCAAAAAGUUUUCCCCUGAGAAAAAGAAGAGCUGUUUCUUUAGAAAACAAAAAACAGAAGCUGGUUGUGAGACAUCGGUGCCUCGUCCUGAGGUUGGACUGGUGAUUGAUGGGACCACAUUAGGUGUGGUUUUCCAAGGUGGUUUGGAGACCAAAUUUUUGGAACUGACCAAGUAUUGUCGUUCUGUCUUAUGCUGUCGUGCUACACCUUUACAGAAGAGUAUGGUGGUCAAACUGGUGCGUGACAAGUUGAGCGUCAUGACACUUUCUAUAGGUGAUGGCGCCAAUGAUGUUAGUAUGAUUCAGUGUGCAGACGUUGGGAUUGGGAUUUCCGGCCAAGAAGGCAUGCAGGCGGUUAUGUCCAGUGAUUUUGCCAUAUCACGUUUCAAGCAUUUAAAGAAACUACUGCUCGUCCACGGUCACUGGUGCUAUACUCGACUGGCCAAAAUGGUCAUCUACUUCUUCUAUAAAAAUGUGGCCUAUGUCAACCUCCUCUUCUGGUUCCAGUUCUUCUGUGGCUUCUCGGGUACAACAAUGAUUGACUAUUGGCAGCUGAUCUUCUUUAAUCUCUUCUUCACAUCGGUGCCUCCACUUGUGUUUGGAAUUAUGGACAAGGAUGUAUCGGCAGAAACCCUUAUGAAUUUGCCAGAGCUUUACAAAAGUGGACAGCAGUGUGAGUCAUACAAGAUGUCAACAUUUUGGAUAGCCAUCCUGGAUGCCUUCUACCAAAGUCUUGUGUGCUUCUUUGUUCCUUAUCUGACAUACUAUAAAGCUGGGGUUGAUCUUUUAUCAUUUGGCACUCCCAUGAACACUUGUGCCCUCCUUACUAUAUUGCUCCAUCUUGCCAUUGAGAUAAAAAAUUGGACAAUAGUACAUUGGAUCACAAUGAUUGGAAGCAUUGUUGCCUAUUUUUCUGUUUCGUUGGCAUACAGUGCCAUAUGUACUUCUUGUGAAGUGCCAUCCCCAUACUGGAUAAUGGAACGACAGAUGUCAGACCCUGCUUUCUAUAUGGUCUGUAUUUUUACACCUGUUCUGGCUCUUCUGCCACGGUAUUUCAUCAAAGCUCUAAGAGGAACUGUUGGUGUAGCUCCUACCACGGAAGCUCACAAACUGGAUAAACUAAGUAAAGAAGAAAGAGAGUUCAGAAUACAAGAAUGGAGGGACAGGCGCAAGCAAGAAAUGGCUUUCAACGCCAUUAAUGGUUUACCUGCCACUCCAGAGAGAGUUCUUCACAACGUAUGUUCACCUAGCCACGGGGACAGCAGUUUCAAUUCUCCCAGGGAUUUGGAUAAUUCAAUAACACCUCAUCCACAACCUGUAGCACCAUCUAGAGGAGUUGCAGAUCUCUUAAGAGAAAAUACAGAUGACUUGACCAGAUCCAACCACCGCAGGUCUAUUAGUACGGUCACCGUUUAAAGACAAAUGUUAUUGGGAGGUUGAAGGUUAUCUCUCGAUGUAUAUAUUGUUCAUCUGCUUCAUAACCCAUAUUGGGAAAUUAGAGGUCAAGUUUGCCUACAUCUCCUCAACUGUGAAGUUGUUUUACACACUGGAAACCAAUUUGAUAAAUUUAAGUGACUGGUGCAAUACAGACUUUUUAUGUGAAGUAAAAAGAACUCUAGGUGUCUAUGAACUUUUAUGCAUGUACUGUACAGAUAUACAAGAGUCCCCAACUUGAUGAGCUGCUGGCAGACAUUAUAAUUCCACUGUUUCCUGUCCAAUUUAGUGUUCUUUUUAUACAAUGUCGAGCAUUGUCUCUAUCAUGGACAAUAAUCUGUAUCACAAGUUUACAACUUAUAAUUUUCUUCCAAUUAUCUAUUUUUUUGUAUUAGUUGUUAAUAAGCCAUUCUUUCCAUCGCCCAGAGUGAAAUGAUGGUUACUGCUAAAAAACGGGGGGAUUUGUAGUAUGUGUAUGGUGAUCACGCAAAAAACAAGGACUUGAAUUGUGUUUUCUUAGUCAUGUAUGAGUCUUUGGUUAGAUUUGUCUUACUUAUUUUAACAAUUUAUUUCACAUUCCAGAAUCAUUGGUUCAUGUAUAAGAGAAUUAGUCAUGGGAUAUGUCACCUAUUGAUUGUCAGCCAUCUUCUUGUCAGCAGUGUUGUCCUAGGGAAAAAAGUUCAAAGGGAUUUUUGCACAAACAGGCGGAUUGGUGAGGAGUGUCUGAUGAUCAGAGGGGGUUCGACCACUGGAACCCCUCCACUGGUUGAAUGCAGUAGUAAUUGAACAUGGCCUCUGCUGCCCCAUUCACCUCUACAAGUCUAUCAGCCAACACAAGUGACCAAUGUAGGAGAGCCCAGUCCUUAACUAGGGACAAAAAAGUGUGGGAAUUAAGUUAGUAUUGCACUGCAUGUCUAAGCUGUAAUGUCAGACACAGGCCAUGGAAAAGGGGCACUGCUGAUAGAAGAAAAAUUCCAAUUUUAUACAAUCCUUUUUGAACAUAUAAGCACCAUCAUAAGAAGGUGCAGAUCUCUUAAGAGCAAAGACGUCUAUUAUACAAUGCAUGCCAAAGAUUGGUUGCAUAACCCAUGACUUUCUCUCAUCCCUAACUACUUCAUACUAUGCAUUUGCCCACUUUUAGUUCUGACUUGAUACACGUCCUAAUGUAUAGGGGACCUGUCCUGUGUGUACAAUUUUGUACCUUACCUCAUUCUUGUGUGCCAAAUGUAUGUGACAAGGGAAGAAUAUGUUGCUUCUCCUGCAUGUCACAAAUGCUGAUUUCCAUUUUAAAGAAAUUUUAAGAAAAUGGUGCUGUAUCUGUGCUGCCAUGAAAAAAGGACAUAUAUAUAAUUUAGUGUCCUAUCACUAGCAUUUUAAAACAUUACACAUGUAGCUAGUUCUUCAAUUCAUUUAUUCUUAGGUUGUUUGGUUUUUUCCCUUUUUUUUUUUUAAAUGCAAUAGAAAUCAAUACUUGAAUUCCCGCAUUUAAUACACUUAAAAGAAAUACAAUUACUGAUAUUUUUUUUUCUAAAAAUUGAUCUCUACUAUGAUGAAGUAUAGGCGAGGUCCUGUAGGGUGAGCUUUCUUCCCCAGAUAAUUCAAAUAAUGUAUCAGAAAUAAUUUUUAUAUUGUAAUUGCACUAAGCUAAGGACAGACACGUGUGUUCUUAUAAUUAACUUAUUUUUAUGUAUUUUUGAGUUUUUCAUCUACCAUCUCUAACUCCAUAUAUUGUAUUUUUCUGUACGUUGAACCUACGGUGUGAUACACAUAGAUAUUGCUCAUCAACCACAGCAGAUGCAUUACUUUUGAAUUAGUCUCUGUUCACAUUGACAUGUUUUCUAUUCCUUUGGGGGUUAUGGUUUAUUUGAUGCAGUCUGCAUCAGUAUUCUUCCCAUCAAAAACUUGACAGACGCCACUAUACGUCAGGUUUGUUGGGAUCCAUUUAAAUGGGAUUUUCCAUUGCUCAUAAAAAAGCCUUGAUGCUAUUGUUAACUAAUCCAUAGCAAUUGAAAAUCAAGGGGGAAAAAAUGAAUGAAUUUUUAUUAUCCUAGUCACCCAUGAUCCUAGAAAGCCAUAGCAGCACCCGGCAUUGUUUACAUUCUAUAGGAUCAUCAUGUAUAGUAACAAUUACAGUGUUAUUGCCCAUAGCAACUGGUAUAAGACGAGCGGUUUAUAUAUCAGCACUGGUUAAAACAUCCAGGCAACAAAUGGCUGGACAACACUCCUGCUAUGGCUGUACUAGUCCAGACUGGUUGCUAGGGAAAUAGGCAGUUUAUCCCUAGCAACCAGUCUGCCCAACAUGACCCAUCUGUUCUGGUACACUUUUAGUUCUGCUCAGGUUUUGCGCUGGACGAUAAAGCUUUGCGCAGAGUUGUACACUACUGUUAGAAUCUUUUUUUCUUAUAAGGUAUAACCUCUGCUCCUGAUAUAGUUUCAUCCAGUCUAUUUACAAAUAACUUCUGACAAACAGCUUUUAUCUGGUUUCAGCUUUGAGGUUGGUAAAAUUGCUGCUUAUAAUGGUGCACUACGUCAUUUGCCUAUGGAAGGAUGGUUGUUUUUUAUCCGUCACAUAUAUACUGGUGUUUCAUAUGGUAUCACGUAUGUAGCAUCCAGGUGUAUUUAUACACUGUAUCAUUUAAACAGGUGUAUGUAUACAAAGAUGCAUAUGUGACAUAUAAAUACAGUGUAUAUUGUUGUAUGUCAGACGUGUCAUGGGUGUAAUUAUAUAUACAUGCUGUAUAUUGUAUCAAAUGAUAUAUGUACAGUAUGUAUCAUGUCUAUAUAGUGGUAUGUAUCCAGUGUGUGUGUGUGUGUGUAAUGUCAUGUGUAUAUAGGUGUAUGUUUGAUAUAUAUUAUGAGAUGAUAGUUGUAUGCAGUGCCUUAUAUGUAUAGGGUUGUAUGUAUGCAGUGUACAAGUAGUUGGCAUAUAUGUAUGCAGUGUUGGUGUGUGUUUUCAAUGUGUUGAUGUAUAUGUGUGUGUUUAUAUUGAUGUAUGUAUACAGUGUGGCAUAUAUGAUGUCAGCGUAGAAUGGUGUAUGUACUUGAUGUACCACAUGAGAAGCCGUAUCAUGCACUGUAGGAGAGCUCUGCUGUGCAGUUCAUGGUUAGUCACAGUGCUGCACGAUUUACAAGAAGUGAGAGAUUAUUGUAGGAAGGGUUAAUGCUGCGGAGUAAGUCAAGCGUCAUUCACUUAAGCCAGUGAGGAAUAUUUCAGCGCAGGUUAAAUGCUCUCAAGCAGAUCAACAAAUCUGUUUACCUUUUGCCCGACAUCCCGGCAUCUGUCUCAGAAUAUUAAUCUUAAAAUUCCUUAUGGUCCUGUCACCUUCAUCACUGUCUGUAUGUACAUAAUACCUUACACCCAUCCAUACAUUCCUCAUGAUGUAUUGUCAUCAGGACUGGACUACAAUGUGACUUUUUGUGACGUUGCGAAAUUGAGUUUAACUAUUGAGUGACAGCUGCUGUCCCCAAAACUGCAUACAACUCACUGUGAAGCUUUGAACUGCAGCUGUAGCUCAAUAGUUUCAAUCAAUCUUUUAUUGCUAUGAAAAAGUCACAGUAAAACCUAGGAUUUAUUCUGCAAAAGGAAGUUAGGAUGACAUUUGGGUUGUUGCUAAACUACAACUCCCAGCAUGUCCUGAUAGAGCGUAAUGAGAGUUGUUACUUUGAAACAUAGGUGGAGAGCUGCCGGUUGUUGACUACAUCUGUAGCGUUUAUUUUCUGACUGUACCGGAUAAUGUAAAAUUAUAUAAGGAAUUAGCCAGUUAUACAAUAGUGUGACCCUUAAAGGGGGUAUCCCCUGGAAACCUUUUUCUUUUUGUUUUUUUUUUAAAUCAUUUGAUGCCAGAAAGUUAAACAGAUUUGUAAAUUAGCGUAUAGAUGAGUAGUUCGGCACUGCUAACUUCUGUACCUAUAGGCGAGUGGACACUAAGUCGCUGUAGCGGAGUGAGCAUACGGUGGUGCUCGG